GUGAUUGGAUGCAGGCUGCAGUAAAUGCUGCCUCUCUGCUGCACACACACACACACACACAGAGCAAGUAGCUUCAGGGCAGUCAGGCCACUGUUUCUGUGACAGGAUUGCACGCUUUGGCACACAGAAAUGGCUUGUGGAGUUCAUUUGGGGAUCUUGAUGAUGUGCUUAGUUCAAGCAGAGCAUGUACGCUGUUUAUGGGCUUCACAAGCUCAGAGCUCCCACAGACAAAAUGGCAACAUAUAUGUUGGCUUGUCGCAACAGGAUGGUGGACUAAGACAACUUGGUGGCAACUAUCCCCAGAAUCAACUCAGACAGGCUUCAUCCCAGAGCAGUGGCUUCAACACAGAUGCUGCAGUUAACAGUGGUUAUAGCCAGGGACUUUCCAGUCGUGACUACACACAAACUCUCUCACAACCAGCUCAAAGUGGCUACCCUUCAGUCAGGUUUGUGCAGAGCAGCUCACUGUUGAAACCUAACUGGCAGAUGACUAAAUUGAAUAAAGUUAAUGCACAAAAGGUGCCAAAAAAGCAGUUAUUUGGCCUUUCUACAUCUAUUGUUGGUGAAAGUUCUGUCAGUAAGUACAGUGAGAAGCAGAAUGACCAUAAUUAUGUCGGCAAGAGAACCUGGCCAGUCCAGCAGCUUACACCGCAUGCUAGCAGCUACCUGUUCAGUGGUUCUGCAUCUGUUUGGAGUCCUAGCAAAAGCUCCCGCCAGUCAGCAGUACAGCAGGCUCCCAGUGCUGCUGCAGAAACACUAGCCUACAAUUGGCAAAGAGGCCACUCUUCUAUGAAGUCUUCCAGUCUGUUUAGCGCAGCUGCUCCUGCGCCACAGAAAAACUCUGCACAGAUGCAGACCUCAGCCAAUGCCCGUGCUAGAGUGUCUUCUCGUCAUAGCUCUAAAGCGUCGAAACCUGGUGGUUCCUCAACUCAUCAAAAUGAGAGAAUUCAAAAUAACCCGAGCCAGAUUGACAGUGGGAAACAAUACCAAAGCAAACUGUUUCCUGUGAAUGAAGGAAAUGCCAACGGACACUACAAGGCUUCUUCCACAUCCAGCUUGGCUAUAAACCAUCUAAGUCAUAGCCAAUCUCUUCCAACUGUUGGCUUCCACUCACGCAGUCUAGAGAUGCCCACAAAUACGAGGUUGAGCUACAAACCCAGCUACACCUCGACUGAGCAGAUCCCCAGCAGUACGAGCUCUCUCUACGCAUCCUGGAGCAGUAGAAACCAAGCCCAGGGAGCUCAUAACCUCCCUGCCUCCGGGAGCAGCAGAGUGGGAACCUCUGCUCAGCGCUUUGCCCCAACCAGAACCUACGACAUCCCUCAGCGCUUUGGUGGCUUCGCUAUCAGACGGCUGAAGGAACCUGUGGACCGGAAGGAAGAGAGCGUCAGGAAGCCACAGCAGACCUACAGUUCAAUCACGGCAGAGCAUGUCUUUUAAACCACAGUGGCAGUCGUCAUCAUCAGGAGACCAUUUGGCGGCGCGUUAGCUCCUGCCAUCUGGGACACUAGCAGGUGCUGCAGGUGUCCUUGGAUGAAGAAUUGGUGUUUUGAAAUAAAUGUAUUAAUUUAAAUCUG